GAGCUAGCGAGCGGCGGGCGAGGGAGCGGCGGGCGGGCGCGGAGCAUGCGGAGCGGCGCCCCAGGCGGCCCCCGGGCUUGGGCGAGGGCGCGGGCCGGGCGCGCCGGCGGCGGGGGCGCAGAGCGGCGUGGGACCCCCGGCCGGCUCAAGGACGCACGGCAGUGACUCGGGCCCCGCCGGGAGCCAGAGCCCGGCCCGGGGACCUGCCCCGCCCGCCUCUCGGCCGGGACGGCGGGGAGGCGCCCAUGCGGGACCGCGCGGCGCGGUGAGGGUGCGCGCCGGCGGGCGGGGGCUCAGCGGGCACCAUGUCCAUGCUGCCCACCUUCGGCUUCACGCAGGAGCAAGUGGCGUGCGUGUGCGAGGUGCUGCAGCAGGGCGGCAACAUCGAGCGGCUGGGUCGCUUCUUGUGGUCGCUGCCCGCCUGCGAGCACCUCCACAAGAACGAAAGCGUGCUCAAGGCCAAGGCCGUGGUGGCCUUCCAUCGGGGGAACUUCCGCGAGCUCUACAAGAUCCUGGAGAGCCACCAGUUCUCGCCACACAACCAUGCCAAGCUGCAGCAGCUGUGGCUCAAGGCGCACUACAUCGAGGCUGAGAAACUGCGCGGCCGGCCCCUGGGUGCGGUGGGCAAGUACCGGGUGCGCCGCAAGUUCCCGCUGCCGCGCUCCAUCUGGGACGGCGAGGAGACCAGCUACUGCUUCAAGGAGAAGAGCCGCAGCGUGCUGCGCGAGUGGUACGCGCACAACCCCUACCCGUCCCCACGUGAGAAGCGCGAGCUGGCCGAGGCCACCGGCCUCACCACCACGCAGGUCAGCAACUGGUUCAAGAACCGGAGGCAGCGAGACCGAGCGGCCGAGGCCAAGGAAAGGUACGAGGAGAACAGCGAGAACUCCAGUUCCAACAGCCACAACCCGCUGGCUUCCUCGCUCAAUGGCAGCGGCAAGUCGGUGCUAGGCAGCUCGGAAGACGAGAAGACGCCGUCGGGGACGCCGGACCACUCGUCCUCCAGCCCUGCGCUGUUGCUUAGCCCGCCGCCCCCGGGGCUGCCCUCCCUGCACAGCCUGGGCCACCCUCCCGGGCCCAGCGCCGUGCCCGUGCCCGUGCCCGUGCCGGUACCGGUACCCGUGCCUGGCGGAGGCGGCACGGAUCCGCUGCAACACCACCAUGGCCUGCAGGACUCCAUCCUCAACCCCAUGUCGGCCAACCUCGUGGACCUGGGUUCCUAGAAUUCUGCCCGCCUCCAUAGGCUCGCCACCCGGGGUUGGCGCUGGGGACCUAAGAGAGGCGGUGCUGGAGGGCGCCCCAGGCCGGCGGCCCCACCAGGUACUGAGAGACCCGCUCUGGGGCCGGCAGAACUGCGCGGCGGCCCGGGCAAGGCGGCCCGGCCCGGGCAAAGGGGUCAAUUGUGUGUAAGGGUCCUUUCUAGGGAUUUAUCUCCAACAAGUUGCUUUUGAAAUCCUUUAAAGGCCAGGACACCCCUGCCCCCCACCCUCUUGAACAUGGCAAGGGAAUAAAUUAUACACCGUU